AUGGGAAAACUGGAGGCUCACGAUGAGCAACCUGCAAGCAACCAAGGCCAGCCCACUCUGCAGCCUUUGCCGCCACCCCAUAAACAGCACCCCGCACAACACCAUCCGUCCAUCACUUCUCUCAACAGAAACUCCCUGACCAAUAGGAGGAACCAGAGUCCGGCCCCGCCGGCUGCUUUGCCCGCCGAGCUGCAAACCACACCCGAGUCCGUCCAGCUGCAGGACAGCUGGGUCCUUGGCAGUAAUGUACCACUGGAAAGCAGGCAUUUCCUAUUCAAAACAGGAACAGGGACAACACCACUGUUCAGCACUGCAACCCCAGGAUACACAAUGGCAUCUGGCUCUGUUUAUUCGCCGCCUACUCGGCCACUGCCUAGAAACACCCUAUCAAGAAGUGCUUUUAAAUUCAAGAAGUCUUCAAAGUAUUGUAGCUGGAAAUGUACAGCCCUCUGCGCUGUAGGGGUCUCCGUGCUCCUGGCAGUACUCCUAUCUUAUUUCAUAGCAAUGCAUCUCUUUGGCCUCAACUGGCAGUUACAGCAGACUGAAAAUGACACAUUUGAGAAUGGAAAAGUGAAUUCUGAUACUAUGCCAACAAACACUGUAUCAUUACCUUCUGGCGACAAUGGGAAAUUAGGUGGAUUUACACAAGAAAAUAACACUAUAGAUUCUGGAGAGCUUGAUAUUGGCCGAAGAGCAAUUCAAGAGGUUCCUCCUGGGAUCUUCUGGAGAUCACAGCUUUUUAUUGAUCAGCCACAGUUUCUUAAAUUCAAUAUCUCUCUUCAGAAGGAUGCAUUGAUUGGAGUAUAUGGACGAAAAGGCUUACCACCUUCCCAUACUCAGUAUGACUUUGUCGAGCUCCUGGAUGGCAGCAGGUUGAUUGCGAGAGAGCAGCGGAACCUGCUGGAGCCCGAGAGAGCAGGGCGGCAGGCGAGAUCCGUCAGUCUGCACGAGGCUGGCUUUAUCCAGUACUUGGAUUCUGGAAUCUGGCAUCUGGCUUUUUACAAUGACGGGAAAAAUGCAGAGCAGGUGUCCUUUAAUACCAUCGUCAUAGAGUCUGUGGUGGAAUGCCCCCGAAAUUGCCAUGGAAAUGGAGAGUGUGUUUCUGGAACUUGCCAUUGUUUUCCGGGAUUUUUAGGUCCGGACUGUUCCAGAGCAGCCUGUCCCGUGUUGUGUAGUGGCAAUGGGCAGUACUCCAAGGGCCGCUGUCUCUGCUUCAGCGGCUGGAAGGGCACCGAGUGCGACGUGCCCACCACGCAGUGCAUUGACCCGCAGUGCGGGGGGCGUGGGAUCUGCAUCAUGGGCUCUUGCGCUUGCAACUCGGGAUACAAAGGAGAAAAUUGUGAAGAAGCCGACUGUCUGGACCCCGGAUGUUCCAAUCACGGUGUUUGCAUCCACGGGGAAUGUCACUGCAGUCCAGGGUGGGGUGGUACCAAUUGUGAACUAGUGAAGACCAUGUGUCCAGACCAGUGUUCUGGUCAUGGAACGUAUCUUCAGGAGAGCGGGUCCUGCACCUGUGACCCUAACUGGACUGGCCCAGACUGCUCAAAUGAAAUCUGUUCGGUGGACUGCGGCUCGCACGGAGUGUGCAUGGGGGGCACGUGUCGCUGUGAAGAGGGCUGGACCGGCGCCGCCUGCAGUCAGAGGGCCUGCCACCCGCGCUGCGCCGAGCAUGGUACUUGCAAGGACGGCAAGUGCGAAUGCAGCCAGGGCUGGAACGGCGAGCACUGUUUGACAGAGGGUUGUCCUGGGCUGUGCAACAGCAAUGGAAGAUGUACCCUGGACCAAAACGGCUGGCAUUGUGUUUGCCAGCCAGGGUGGAGAGGAGCAGGAUGUGACGUAGCCAUGGAGACUCUCUGCACAGAUAGCAAGGACAAUGAAGGAGUGGAGGCUGAUGAUAAUGGAGAGGAAAGUACAAUUCGAUUGAGCAGCAACCCAGCUCAUAGAUACUACCUGGCAACCGAUCCAGUCACAGGAGAUUUGUAUGUUUCUGACACGAACACCCGCAGAAUUUAUCGCCCAAAGUCACUUACGGGUACAAAAGAUUUGACUAAAAAUGCUGAAGUGGUCGCUGGGACCGGGGAGCAGUGCCUUCCAUUCGAUGAAGCCAGAUGUGGAGAUGGGGGGAAGGCUAUAGAAGCGACACUCAUGAGUCCCAAAGGAAUGGCGAUUGAUAAGAAUGGAUUGAUCUACUUUGUUGAUGGAACCAUGAUCAGAAAAGUUGAUCAAAAUGGGAUCAUAUCAACUCUCCUGGGCUCUAACGAUCUGACUUCAGCCAGACCUUUAACUUGUGACACCAGCAUGCACAUCAGCCAGGUGCGUCUGGAGUGGCCCACUGACCUCGCCAUUAACCCUAUGGAUAACUCCAUUUAUGUCCUGGAUAAUAACGUAGUCCUGCAGAUCACUGAGAACCGCCAAGUGCGCAUCGCUGCUGGACGGCCCAUGCACUGCCAGGUCCCGGGGGUGGAAUAUUCCGCGGGGAGGCACGCGGUCCAGACGACCCUGGAAUCCGCCACCGCCAUCGCCGUGUCGUACAGCGGGGUCCUGUACAUCACGGAAACCGACGAGAAGAAAAUUAACCGGAUAAGGCAGGUCACCACGGACGGGGAGAUCUCGCUGGUGGCAGGGAUACCUUCCGAGUGCGACUGCAAAAACGACGCCAACUGCGACUGUUACCAGAGCGGAGACGGGUACGCCAAGGACGCCAAGCUCAGUGCGCCGUCCUCUCUGGCCGCCUCCCCUGAUGGCACCCUGUACAUCGCGGACCUGGGCAACAUCCGGAUCCGGGCCGUGUCGAAGAACAAGCCCUUCCUUAACUCUGUGAACUUUUACGAAGUGGCCUCCCCAACUGACCAGGAGCUCUACAUCUUUGACAUCAAUGGCACUCACCAGUAUACUGUAAGUUUAGUCACUGGUGAUUACCUGUACAACUUCAGCUACAGCAACGAUAACGAUGUAACAGCUGUGACAGACAGCAACGGCAAUACUCUCAGAAUCCGACGGGACCCGAAUCGGAUGCCAGUUCGAGUGGUGUCUCCAGAUAACCAAGUCAUAUGGCUGACAAUAGGAACAAACGGAUGUUUGAAAAGCAUGACCGCUCAAGGACUGGAAUUAGUUUUGUUUACUUACCACGGCAAUAGUGGCCUUUUAGCCACUAAAAGCGAUGAGACUGGAUGGACAACAUUUUUUGAGCAGGGACUAACAUGCAGGCGUUUCCACAUGGGAGAACGGAAGCUCCGAAAGCCUCGAGUGGGCCAGGCAGAAUUCGGUCAGAUCGCUGACAGAGCCUACAGCCUCUCGCCCGAGCACCUCACAGAUGGACAGACAGCUUCAGAGGGGCCAAAGCCCAAAGUCAUGCUGCCUCUAGACCCUGUCAGGCUAUCACCGUCUGAAAGCUCCUGUCUUGCUACAGAAAAUCCACUCUUCGGGGUCCUCAGUACGCUGCGGACUGUUUCUAAAGUAGAGUGUAACCACGGCCACGUUUCCUUUGCAGUUAACGGCAGAAACCUCCUUUCAGUUGACUUUGAUCGAACAACAAAGACAGAAAAGAUCUAUGAUGACCACCGUAAAUUCCUGCUGAGGAUCGCCUAUGACACGUCAGGGCACCCGACUCUCUGGCUGCCCAGCAGCAAGCUGAUGGCGGUCAAUGUCACCUACUCGUCCACCGGCCAGAUUGCCAGCGUCCAACGGGGAACGACGAGCGAGAAAGUGGAUUACGAUGGCCAGGGGAGGGUCGUGUCUCGGGUCUUUGCCGACGGUAAAACCUGGAGCUACACAUACUUGGACAAGUCCAUGGUCCUCCUGCUUCACAGCCAGAGGCAAUACAUCUUCGAGUACGACAUGUGGGACCGACUGUCGGCCAUCACCAUGCCCAGCGUGGCUCGCCACACCAUGCAGACCAUCCGGUCCAUCGGCUACUACCGCAACAUUUACAACCCCCCCGAGAGCAACGCCUCUGUCAUCACGGACUACAACGAGGAGGGGCUGCUUCUGCAGACGGCCUUCUUGGGGACCAGCCGGAGGGUCUUGUUCAAGUACAGAAGGCAGACCAGGCUCUCCGAGAUUCUAUAUGAUAGCACGAGAGUCAGUUUUACCUAUGACGAAACAGCGGGAGUCCUCAAAACGGUAAACCUCCAGAGCGAUGGUUUUAUUUGCACCAUUAGAUACAGGCAAAUUGGCCCCCUGAUUGACAGACAGAUUUUCCGCUUUAGUGAGGAUGGGAUGGUAAAUGCGAGAUUUGACUACAGCUAUGACAACAGCUUUCGAGUGACCAGCAUGCAGGGUGUCAUCAAUGAAACGCCACUGCCCAUUGAUCUCUACCAGUUUGAUGACAUUUCUGGCAAAGUGGAGCAGUUUGGAAAAUUUGGAGUUAUAUAUUAUGAUAUUAACCAGAUCAUUUCCACGGCUGUAAUGACUUAUACAAAGCACUUUGAUGCCCAUGGCCGCAUCAAGGAAAUUCAGUAUGAGAUAUUCAGGUCACUCAUGUACUGGAUUACAAUUCAAUAUGAUAACAUGGGCCGGGUAACCAAAAGAGAAAUCAAAAUAGGGCCCUUUGCCAACACGACCAAAUAUGCUUACGAAUAUGAUGUUGAUGGACAGCUCCAAACAGUUUAUCUAAAUGAAAAGAUCAUGUGGCGUUACAACUAUGACCUGAAUGGAAACCUCCAUUUACUGAACCCGAGUAACAGUGCCCGUCUGACACCUCUUCGCUAUGACCUGCGAGACAGGAUCACCCGCCUCGGGGAUGUUCAGUAUCGGUUGGAUGAAGAUGGGUUCCUGCGUCAAAGAGGCACAGAGAUCUUCGAGUACAGCUCCAAGGGGCUUCUGACUCGGGUUUAUAGUAAGGGCAGCGGCUGGACAGUGAUUUAUCGUUACGACGGCCUGGGAAGGCGCGUAUCUAGCAAAACCAGUCUGGGACAGCACCUGCAGUUUUUUUAUGCUGACUUAACUUAUCCCACGAGGAUUACUCAUGUGUACAACCAUUCAAGUUCAGAAAUUACUUCUCUCUAUUAUGAUCUCCAGGGACAUCUCUUUGCCAUGGAAAUCAGCAGUGGGGAUGAAUUUUACAUUGCGUCAGAUAACACAGGGACACCGUUGGCUGUUUUCAGUAGCAAUGGGCUUAUGCUAAAACAGAUUCAGUAUACUGCAUAUGGUGAAAUCUAUUUUGACUCCAAUGUUGACUUUCAACUGGUAAUUGGAUUUCAUGGUGGCUUAUAUGACCCACUCACGAAAUUAAUCCACUUUGGAGAAAGAGAUUAUGAUAUUUUGGCAGGACGAUGGACAACACCUGACAUAGAAAUGUGGAAAAGAAUUGGGAAGGACCCAGCUCCUUUUAACCUCUAUAUGUUUAGGAAUAACAACCCCGCAAGCAAAAUCCAUGAUGUGAAAGAUUACAUCACAGAUGUUAACAGCUGGCUGGUGACAUUCGGUUUCCAUCUGCACAAUGCUAUUCCUGGAUUCCCUGUUCCCAAAUUUGAUUUAACUGAGCCUUCUUACGAACUUGUGAAGAGUCAGCAGUGGGAUGAUAUACCGCCCAUUUUUGGAGUUCAGCAACAAGUGGCGAGGCAGGCCAAGGCCUUCCUGUCCGUCGGGAGGAUGGCGGAGGUGCCGGUGAGCAGGCCCAAGGGCGGCGGCGCGCCCUCGUGGCUGUGGUUCGCCACGGUCAAGUCGCUGAUCGGCAAGGGCGUCAUGCUGGCCGUGAGCCAGGGCCGCGUGCAGACCAACGUGCUCAACAUCGCCAACGAGGACUGCAUCAAGGUGGCGGCCGUGCUCAACAACGCCUUCUACCUGGAGAACCUGCACUUCACCAUCGAGGGCAAGGACACGCACUACUUCAUCAAGACCACCACGCCCGAGAGCGACCUGGGCACGCUGCGGCUGACGAGCGGCCGCAAGGCCCUGGAGAACGGCAUCAACGUGACCGUGUCGCAGUCCACCACCGUGGUCAACGGCAGGACGCGCAGGUUCGCCGACGUGGAGAUGCAGUUCGGCGCGCUGGCGCUGCACGUGCGCUACGGCAUGACGCUGGACGAGGAGAAGGCGCGCAUCCUGGAGCAGGCGCGGCAGCGCGCGCUCGCCCGGGCCUGGGCGCGCGAGCAGCAGCGCGUGCGCGACGGCGAGGAGGGCGCGCGCCUCUGGACGGAGGGCGAGAAGCGGCAGCUGCUGAGCGCCGGCAAGGUGCAGGGCUACGACGGGUACUACGUACUCUCGGUGGAGCAGUACCCGGAGCUGGCCGACAGCGCCAACAACGUCCAGUUCCUCCGACAAAGCGAGAUCGGCAAGAGGUAACCCCCCGGGCCGGCUGCGGCGGACGGGCGGCGGCCCCCCGGCGCUGGGAGGCGGACCCCCAGCCGGGGCAGGGGCGCUGCGUUCCUCUCGAGCCUCAACCACACCCCCUGCUCGGAUUUUUCUGUAGCACAAUCCGAAUCGGACUCUCCGGCACAGAAGAGCCUUCCCAGGAGAACGGACUGCUAUUAAAAAAAAAGAAAAAGAAAGAAAGAAAGAAAAUCCACAAAAAAAAAAAACAAAAACACACUUUUUUUUCUGAGUGACCUUAAAGGUGAUCGGCUUUAAAGAAUAUGUUUACAUAUGCAUAUCGCUGCACUCAGUCGGACUGAAAGUAUUAAAAGGAAAAAUCAAUAAGUGAAAGAAAGGAAAAAAAAAAAAAAAGGCCGAAACGUUUUGCGCGAGGCCAUCCGUUCCUUCGAGGCACUGUAUUUAACUAAGGUAGAAAAUGCAUACAGUGUUUCCAGAUGUUACCGAAUUGUCGACCUUUGCUUACAAGAAGUAGUCUCUCUGCAUAGGAUGUGAUAUCUGUCUCUGUUAAUUUUAAAAUGUGGGGCAAAAUUACUGUUUAUAGACAUCCCAACUGCUUUCCCUGUGCUACUUUGUAAAAGGACGUUGGCACAGUGACUUCUGCUCUGGAGGGGAUUUCAUAAUGGAUUUUACAGCGCUAACGUGGUUUGCCUUGGGGGGGAAAAAAAACUGGCAAAUAGAAUCCUUGUCACUGAUAAGCAAAGGAAACCCUGAUUUUUUUGUAAAUUAUGUGAGACAAGUUGUUUAUGGAUUUUUAUAUGAAUUACAAUUUACUGUACAUCAAAUAAUUAGUCUCAGAGGAGUUAAUUUAUGUAAAGUGUUUAAAAAGUUUAUACUUAAAAAUAAAAUGAUAAAAACGUGAACUGUGUGAUUUUUUUAAAAGGAUUGCACCUUUUGUUAUCUGUUAUAGCUGUACAGUAUAAAUUAUUAUAUUGUAGAGAUAUAACGACUUAUGCCUAUAAUGUCCAGAAGUGUUAAUAUUUUUGUAUUAGGUUGAAAAAAAAAUGUGCAACUUUCUAUCACUAGAUGGAUAGGACAGUGCAAUCCUAAGUGGGUGGCUAAUCGGAGAACUGCUCCUUUCCCUUUCUUCUCUUUUUCAUCAGGCUGGUGUCCUCAACCAUUAUCGACUGAGAGGCACAGUAGAAAACUAAGGCUGGUGGAAUGUAGCAGAAGAUAUGAAAAAAAAAAUUAAAAUAAACUGGGCCGGAGAGGUCCUCUCUUGUCCCUAAAAGUCGAGGGGAGUUGAUAGAAUUAACCACAGGGUUUUUACUGUUCACCAUUCCUUGAAGCUCCAUUUCACGAUGGAGGCGAGAGACCACAUCAGAUGCUCCGGGGAAACGUGCGUGAGAAGGAAAGGAUCUCAUGUAGUCAUGACCGUAAACAUGUGUCUUAAGAUCUAGGCAAGAUAGCAGAACCCGAGUAGCGGGGAGCGGGCCGGAUGGGGAAGGUCAGGGUCCCUCUGCUAGUCUUGGGUUUGGACCGCCAGGUCACCAAGAGGGACACAAAAGGGAGACAAAAGCUCCUGUAAGCCCACACGACCCACCGGUCCUGGGAGCUGGUUUGAAUGGGAGCCUCUGCUCUGUGUGGGGGAAGCGGGGGGGUGGCCCAUCCAGCUGGAAGUGAAAUGGCAGCCAUGCCCUCCUGCACGCGUGGAGAGCGGGCCCGGGCACAGCGGCCAUGUGCACUCCCGGGUCGGCCCAGCCGCUCUGGCAAAUAAAUCUCUUUUCGUGAGCACUAAAUUCAGCCACAAAAAUAUUUUUAGAAAAAUAUUUCUCAGUUCAUUGAGCUAUAGUACACACUGUUUUCCUCUAUGUAUAAUGGUGAUAAAAUAUAGCAAGUGAACAUGUCGUAAAUAUAAAGGUUCAAGUGAUGUAUUGAAAAUACUUUUCUAACUGCUUUGUAUGUAUCACAUACUCUAAAUUGCACAGUAGUCGUGUUUAUUAAACAGAUUGGCUGGGAAAGUUUCAAAAUAGCUGCUGAAUUUACAGUAUCAGAGCUAUUACUGUCUUUGUGUAUUUGGUAGAGCAUACCGAAGUAAUUAAUCUUCUAAUGAAUGCUGAUAUUUUAUUAGAAUGAAAGCACAGAUUAGCAUUAAUAUUUUUUAUCCUGGAAAUCCUUUGGCAAGUAUUACGAAGCCCCAAUUUAGAAAACUAUGAGAUUUCAAACCACAUAAACAUGGCUCUGUUUUACAUUUUAUUUUUUAACUGUUAACUUAGGUGUUUGCAGUUCUGUUCGAUGGAAUUUCUGCAGGACUGUGUUUAGCAUGCUGUUAAGUACUUUCGGUUGAAAUAGGCUCUGAGUCUAAAUUCUCAGAAAUGUUUCUGAUGUAUUGACCGUGAAAAGCUUGUACCACAUGCCAGAAGUGAAAUCAUAAUCUUACCCUCCUCUCGACAUGGACUGGUCCUUUAGGCUGGCACCGAUAAAUAACAGAUUGGGAGUAUCUCUUGGUGCUUAUUUUAGAUGAAGUCAGAUCAACCCAAUUAGUGUCUUGUUAGUAGGUAUAAUGAGCCUAUUUCUUUCUAAAAAGACUUGUGAUCUGGACAUGCUUUUACAAGAAAUAGUGACCUUGGGGAAAUAUGUAAACAAAAGACCUUUUUCUAAGAGUUGGGGGUGGGGGACUGUAUAAUGGAAAGAAUUCGGUUACAAAAAAAAAAGAAAUUGAUAUUCAAAGUAUUUUAGGCAAAGCCAGUCAAAAAUGCUUUCAUGAUAUUUUGAGAUGUAAAUUUUGUCUGAUUUGUAUUGUUCUUUUCAUUUGCCUUCUUAACUUUCUAUGUGACCUGAAUUUUCCAUAACUUGACUAUAGAUUGCAUCUAGGCAUUCCAAUAAAAGCCAACCCAAUGUG